AUGCGAUUUUUUAAGAAAUCAUUGUCGAAAUAUUCAACAAUAUCUACAUCUCGAAAGAUUAGUCAAGCCGUUCCAGACAUUCGCAUAUACGAAGUAGGUCCAAGAGACGGUCUUCAAAAUGAGUCUAAGUUUGUACCAACUCCUAUAAAAGUAGAACUUAUUCACAAACUUUCUGAAGCAGGCAUCAAAGAUAUUGAAUGUGCCAGCUUUGUAAGUCCAAAAUGGGUAAAACAAAUGAGUGAUGGUAGUGAAGUUAUGAAAACUAUCAAAAGAGUACCUGGUGUUAAUUAUCCAGUAUUAAUACCCAAUCUAAAAGGAUAUGAAACAGCUAAACAAUGUAAUAUUGAAGAGAUAGCAAUAUUUCCUGCUGGUUCAGAGGGUUUCUCUCAGAAGAAUUUGAAUUGUUCUGUUGAAGAAGGAUUGAAACGGUUUAAACUGGUCGCUGAUCAGGCUAUUAAAGAUGGGAUGAGAGUCAGAGGUUAUGUUUCAUGUGUUGUAGGCUGUCCGUAUGAUGGUCCAAUAAAUCCAAAAGGGAUUGCCAAGAUAACUGAAGAGUUGUUUACAAUGGGUUGCUAUGAAGUAUCACUGGGGGACACUAUUGGUGUCGGAACGGCUGGCUCGGUGAAGAAAUUAAUGAAUGAAGUUAUAAAAGUGACAACACCUGAUAAAAUAGCACUUCACUUCCAUGAUACAUAUGGACAGGGGCUAUCUAACUUAUUGGCUGGAUUGGAGUUUGGUAUUAAAACUGUGGAUUCGUCUGUGUCUGGACUUGGUGGGUGUCCGUAUGCUCGUGGUGCGAGCGGGAACCUUGCAACCGAGGACCUUGUAUACUUUCUCUACGGCCUAGGAGUGAAUACUAACAUCGAUCUGGUCAAACUCAUAGAAGCUGGCCGCUACAUAUCAAACUUCCUCGCAAAACCGACUGAGUCCAAAGUCAACCGUGCCAUCGGGGAUAGAUUUAAAAAUCAUAAAGAUAUUAUUAAAAUAGCGUCUUGUACGUUAUAA